AUGGCUGGAUCCGGCUCGCACCUGGAUGCUUUCGACCUGUUUGACAAGAAUCACGACGGGAAAAUAUCGAAGAAUGAGCUCAAGGCAGUGAUGAAGGACCUCGGCAACCCGAUCACCGACGAGGAGGCGAUCGACAUUAUGCACGAGGCUGGCUCCGCGCGCACGCAGGCCCACCAUCAACCACUGCUGCUGGACAAGGCGGCCAACGCGCCGGGCGCCGCCUCCGAGGAGCAGCAGCUGCGCGAGGCGUUCAGCCUCUUCGACAAGGACGGCGACGGCAAGAUCUCCAAGAAGGAGAUGAAGAACGCCGUCGCCGCCUUCGGCCUCGAGCUCAACGACCGCGAGACGGGGCUCCUCCUCGACGAGAUGAACUUGCUCGUCGCCGCGAAGGGGGGAGACAAGAACUCCAUCUCGUACGAGCUUUUCAAAAAGGUGCUGCUGCAGGGGUAG